GAGUGAAGGAGGGAUAGGCAGGAGGAAGAAAGAGAGAGACGUGAGGAAGCCAAGGAGAGCUACUGGAUGCAUAACAUUCUCUCAUCUUCUUCUCUGACAGUGCAGAGAAAGUUAUGGCCGAAAACAACACCAAUCUCUUUCUGGAAAUACUUCAGUCAUUUGAUGUUGUCUCCCUGAUCAUAGCUUUCUGUGUGUCCAUUGCGGUGGGCAUCCUAUUGGGGGUGCUGGUCUAUGUGGUCCUGACCUGGAUGUCCCGUCGCAGGGCCGGCUCGGGCAGCAUCACCCGCCGGCCACCUCGCCCGUCCCGCAUCUCCCCGCGCGCCCGGCCUGGCUUCAACCGCAACAGCAGCUACGACCGGCGGAGCAACAACAGCCUGGUUAGCGCUGCCUUCAGCUUCCAACGCCAGGCAUCCUCCCCAGACCAGGCUGACCCUUUGGGUCGCAAACCCAGCUUCAGGGCCUCCACCUUUCACCCACUCCUUCAGUGCAGCCAGAUUGCCCGGGAAGCUGAGGAGGGGAGCCAGACCACGUUGCCUCGCACUCCAACCCUGACCACAUCAUCUGUGGCAGCCCACCAAACCGCAGCCCAGGCUGCUGCCACCCCACCCAGGCCCGAGUUGUUCUGGAGCAGUAGUAGUCUGAGGGGGUUCCAUGCCACACAGACCCCACCUCCUGCUUAUGAGAGCAUUAUAAGGGCCUACCAGGAGACCUGCACCUGAGGAGGUGAUGGAUGUGUCCAGGCUGAUAGUGGACUGACUGAGCCCAGGGUUGUCAAUGGGUGUUAGAACAAUUGGAUAUGUUUGACUCGAGGGGAAAAUAAAGAGCCCUAAUGCUAAUA